AUGUCGUUCUCCAGCGUCCCCAUUCUGGAUCUCUCGCUCGCUCGGGACCCCCGCGCCAAACCUCAGUUCCUGCUGGACCUGCGGUAUGCGCUGCUCGAGGUCGGAUUUCUUUACAUCAAAAACACCGGAAUUCCACAGGAACUGAUUCAUGAAGUCAUCCGUUUGGGCAAGGGCUUUUUCGCCCUGCCCGAAGAGAAGAAACUCGAGAUCGAAAUGAAGAACGCCAAAUCUUUCCUCGGCUACAAUAAGCUGGGGAUGGAAAUCACCCGGUUCAAGACCGACUGGCGCGAACAGAUCGACCUGUCCACGCCACAUCCCAUCCCCGGCCCUGACGACCCACUCUACCGGAAUCUGUUGGCGCCAAAUCAGUGGCCGGAUGAAAAGGCUCUCCCCCGUUUCCGGACCGUCUACGAGGAUUACAUGAAACGCAUGGGCGACAUGAGCAUGGAGUUCACGAGCCUGUGUGCCGAAGCGAUCGGCCUUCCCGCUGACGCAUUUGCCCAAUUUUUUGACGAGGCGCAGCAGCAUAAAUUGAAGAUUGUGAAGUACCCAGACCUGGAGGAGCUCGGGGUUGAGGGAGAGGCCCAGGGUGUCGGGCCACACAAGGACAGCAUGUUGACGAGCUACCUGCUGCAGGCGAGCCACCAUCGCGGCCUGCAGGUGCAGAACGGAGACGGGGAGUGGGUGGACUGCCCGCCCAUCGAUGGAACCCUCGUCGUGGCCAUUGGGCAAGGGAUGGAGGCUCUCACCCAAGGUGUCUGCCAGUCCACGACCCACAGAGUCCAAAGUCCUCCGCGUGGCACGGGCGCGAGAUACAGCAUUCCGUUCUUCCAAGGCGUCAGCUACGACGCCACCUUCGAAAGCAUGGACGUCCCAGAGUCGGUCAAGAAGCUCCGGGCAGACGUCCUCGAGAAACGAGGCGGCCAGCGCCUCGACGAUAUCGAAUUCACCUUCAUCAAAGGCAUGUGGUCGAGGCUCGGGGAGGCCACGCUGAUGAACCGGAUCAAGAGCCAUCCGGAUGUCGGUGAACGUUGGGUGAGUGUGAAUUUCCCCGUGCGUGAUUGUGCCCAUACUGACAACGCGACGGUCCAGUAUCCCGAUCUGCUCAAGAAAAUCCACGAACAAGAGGCCGGCGAAGCGGCGAAGUCUGCAGCAAAGGAGGCCGCCGAGAAGUCGAGUUCCCUUCCUUCUCAGCCACAGUCGAUACCAGCACAUUGA